AUGGAUAUUGAUAUGAUAAACGAAAAUCAAAAUUAUCAUGAAAUUAUUAAGAUUGCAAAAUCAUAUAAUAUUAAAAUAAAAGGAAAUAAAUCUGAAAUUAUAAAAAGAAUUAAUAAAUAUAUUAAAGAGAAAAAAGAAAAUAAAUUACAAACUAAAGAAAUUACAUUUAAAAGUAAAAUCGAUGAUUUACCAAUUAAAGAUAUUGAAAUUAGUGAAAGAUUAUUUUGGAAAAUCUUUAAUAACAAAGUUUUAUUUAAAAAGAUCUUUUCAAAUUUUCAUCAUUCUUUUUUAAAAUCCUAUCAUUGUAUUAAUGAUUUAUCAUUUAUGGUAAAGAAUAAUCAAAUAGAGUUAUUAAAAGAUAAAUUUUAUAAAAAUCAACUUUAUAUUGAAUAUAAUGAAUAUAUACAAAAACAACAACAACAACAACUAGUUUCCAGAACUACUCAAAGUGCCAAUACCAAACCAAUUAAAAGUCUUUAUUGGUAUGAAUAUAUAUUUAAAGCAAUUAAAGAUGAUGUUAAUUUUUAUCAAUAUUUAUUUUUAAAUUAUAAUAAAUACUUUUUAAAUAACUAUUAUCAAGUUUUAUUAUCAGCAAUUGAACAUGGAUGUUUAAUAGCUUUAAAGAUAUUAUUGGAGGAAGGGUAUUAUCAAUUUGAACAAAUAUCAUCACCAUCAUCAUCAUCAUCAUCAUCAUCAUCAUCAUCAUCAUCAUCAAUAAAUAUUCAAAAAACAAAUCCAACAUCAAAAAUAAAUAAUCCAGCAAUUACAAAAAUCCAAUUACUAACUAGUGCAAUUAGAAAUGCUUGUAUAUAUUCAAAAUUAAAAAUAUAUAAAUAUUUAACUGAAGAUUAUAUGUCAAAGUUUUUCAGAUGUAUUAGUUCAAGUGGAAAAAAAAGUACCAUGAAAUUUUUAAACUAUUUAUUUGAUUCAAAUGGAAAAUUCAAAUCAAUCAUUGAUAGCAAACCCAUUAAAACAAUGUUGCAAACUGAAAUCCAAUGUAAUUUUUUUUUUGGAAAAAAAUCAAUUUUAAGAAUAUUUUCAUUAUCAAAUUUGAUUGAAUCUGUUAAACUAUUUGAAUUACUUUCAAAUAAAAAUUUUGAUUGGUCAAAAAUAGAAUAUACAAAUGAACAAUUAAAUUCAAAAUUAAUAUUUUUAUUGGAUCAAGAAUUAUCAUUAUCUUCUUCUUCUUCUUCUUCUUCUUCUUCUUCUUCUUCUUCUUCUUCUUCUUCUUCUUCUUCUUCUUCUUCUUCUUCUUCUUCUUCUUCUUCUUCUUCUUCUUCUUCUUCUUCUUCUUCUUCUUCAACGAAAUCAAUUAAAGAUAUGGUAAUACAAUUAUUUAAUAAUCUUCGUUUAUAUGUAGGGAUUCCACUAUAUGAUUAUAUAUUAAUAAAUAAGGAAGAAUCACAAUCCUUAAGCGUCAACAUAGAACCACUCCUUUUAAAAAUUUCAUUAAAAUUUGGGGAUCAUUCAAUUUUUGAACAAAUUCAAAAAAAAAAUCCAAAUUAUUUAACAAAUGUUUGGCCUUCGACGAUACCAAAUAAAAUUCAAUUAUUUAAAUUUUGUAAAAAUAAUAGAGAGAGAAAAGUCCAAUUUAUCAAAGGGAUUAUUCAUCCCAUCUCUGAACCUGGAAAUUCUAAUAUUACUCUUUUUGUAUUACGUUUAUUGAUUAGAAAUGAUGAUAUUGGUCUUUUAGAAUUAGCAGUUGAAGAAUUAGGUGGAAUUUCUCAAGCCUCUUUACUUUUUAAAACUUUGACUUCCAAUUCUAAUGAAAAUUUUAAACAUUUCAUCUUUGGCUGCUUCAUGUCAAUUUCAAUGUUUGAAUAUUGUUUUAAUAAUUUUCCUUGGAUAUUUGAUCUCGUUGAACAAGACAAAAAUAGUGUAGAAAUAUGGUAUCAAUUAGGAAGAAUGGAUCUAUUAAAAAGAUUUGAACAAUUUAUUGGCCAUGAAAAAUAUGAUAAAUUUCUAUUAACAAUUAAAAAUAGUUUAAAUUUUGUUAACUAUCCAACCCUUAAACAAAGCGACCAAUACCAGCUUUCAAAAAUUGCCUUACAUGUUGUUAAUAAACCAGAAAUUAAUUGGAAUUUUGAUGAAACCAUUUUACAACAUUCCAAACCGAUCCUCAACCAACAACACUAUGAAAAUAUUAAACAUCUAAUUGAAAAAACAAAAUCAACAAUUAAAUCCUAUCAACCAUUUCAAUCAUUACAUGAUCCAAUUCAAUUAUUAAAUACAUGGGAUAUAAAUUUAUUAGAUUGGUUAUUUAGUUUUAAUGAUGGUGAUGAAAUUAAAUGUGGAAGAUGUAUUUUAGAUUUUAAUACAUUUUUUGCUGGUUUGAUUUUAACAAAUAGACUAAAUGAUAAAAAUUGGGUUGAUUGGGCAUUAUCAUCCUCUAAAUUUUCCAUUACAAUCUCUCCAAAAAAUAUUUUUAAAAUCGUUGUUCCUUUAUUAAAGAAAACAAGAUUAUCUUUAAUAAUUGAUCAAAUUUUUAAUUAUUAUUUCUUACCAAAUAUUAAUUCAAUUAACAACAACAACAACAACAACAACAACAACAAAAACAAUGACACCAACAAAGAAGAAUAUUUUGAAAAUUUUAAACAAAUUUGUUUAGUUUUGGAUUUAAAAUCAUUUAAACAUAUUUAUUAUAAUUAUAGUAAAUUUUUGAUAAUAAAGAAACAAAAAUCAAAUAAUGAUUGUGAUGGUGGUGGUUUAUUUACAUUAAAAGAAUUACAAUUUUUAAUUAGUAAUGCAGAAAUGAAUCAUCUAUUUAAUUUAAUUGAUUUCUUUAAUAAUAUUGGUAUUAUAAAAAUAUAA